UGUAACCCCGUGCAUGAUGCCGUCUGUUGUUCUAAAAUCAACAAUAUUUGAAUGAUGCUCAUCCAUCCAUCCGUAACUGGUCAGCCACAAAAGCAUCAUUUAAUUGCAUCUUGCUUAGCAUUCAGAAGGACGUCUUUACUCCUUCAGUAUCGAUUACUCAUGAUAGCAAAAAUGGGUAAAAAACGCUCCCACUUCGAUUCUGCUGACGAAUCUCCUGCGAAAAGAAGGAGAGAGAGUACGGAAGUUCGGAGUACCGGCGAAGUCAGGUCCAAAACUCCCCGCAAAGAACAUUUGGAGGACCUGUACCUCCAGGGCCAUCUACUUGGAACGGGUGGCUAUGGGGCAGUUUUUGCCGGCAUUCGCAAGGCAGAUGGCUUCCCAGUGGCAAUCAAAUAUGCCAGAAAAACUGAAAAGAAGCUAGAACUGCCUGGACUUGACGGGCCCAUGCCAUUGGAGGUGGCGCUGAUGAAGCUUGUUAGCAAUGAGUCAUCUUGUGCCAACGUGCUCAAGCUCAUCGACUGGUUUGAUGGACCACAGGAUUAUAUUAUGAUCCUGGAAAGACCGGACCCAUGCGAAGAUCUCUUUGAUUUUUGCAAAAGGAAAGGAGGCCUCCUGUCAGAAGGUGUUGCCAGGCACGUGAUGGUGCAGGUCCUCCACGCCUUGCGUCACUGCCAGGACUCAGGCGUCCUCCAUCGAGACCUGAAGUCAGAGAACCUUUUGAUCAGGACAGACACUCUGGAGGUCAAGCUCAUCGACUUUGGCUGUGGCGAUAUCUGGACAGAUUCCCACUACACAAAAUAUUCAGGCACAAAGAUCUUCGCUCCCCCAGAGUGGUUCCUGAGCAGAGAGUAUCUGGCUGGUCCCGCCACAGUCUGGUCUGUGGGGGUUACACUAUUUAAUCUAGUGUGCGGCUACCUACCCUUCCACAACCAGACGGCAAUCAUUUCAGGCCGCCUGAAAUUCCCCCCAUGGGUCUCUUCUGGCUGCUGCAAUCUAAUUCGCGGGUGCCUGAGACGCAAGGCGGCGAACCGGCGGAGCUUGGAGCAGAUUCAGCGCCAUCUCUGGCUGCAGCAGAAGUGACUGCUGACUAUUAUUGGGCCUUGUCAAUUAUUUUCUUACUGUUUUGAUUAAGGUUGAUUAGAUAAGGUUAUAUAAGAUAAGUUUUGUAUUGUUGUUGUUUUGUAUUGUUUUGUAAGUUGUCAUAUAAGUUAAAAUUAUAUAAGAUACGUUUAUAUAAGAUAAGAUUAUAUAAGUUAAGAUAAGGUUAUAUACGAUAAGAUUAUAUACGAUAAGAUUAUAUAAGUUAAGAUAAGUUUAUAUAAGACUAAGAUAAGGUUAUAAAAGAUAAGUUUAUAUAAGAUUAGUUAAGAUAUGAUUGGAUAAGAUAAGAUGUCUUUGAGCCGACCCUUUAUCGUGUUUGAGGGGUUUGCGUGUUCCAAUGAUCCCAGGAGCUAUGUUGUCCGGGGCUUUAUGCCCCUGGUAGGGUCACCCAAGGCAAACAGGUCCAGGGUGAGGAACCAGACAAAUUAGGCUCACUAGACACCUUAUGGUAAGAAAAUCAUUGGAUCCACGAUUUCCCUUGCCCGGACGCGGGUCACCGAGGCCCCCCCUGAGCCAGGUCUGAGGGUGGGGCUCAAUGGCGAGCGCCUGGUGGCCAGGCCUGCACCCAUGGAGCCUGGUCAGGCACAGCCUGAACAAAGCACAUCAAUGGGCUCAUCACCUGUAGGAGGGGUCAUAGGGGUCAGGUGCAGUGCGAGUUGAGCAGUGGCCAAAGGCGGGGACCUUGGCGGUCCGAUCCUCGGCUACAGAAGCUAGCUCUAGGGACAUGGAAUGUCACCUCUCUGACGGGGAAGGAGCCUGAGCUGGUGCAUGAGGUUAUGAGGUUCUGACUAGAUAUGGGUCGGCUUGGGCUCUGGAACCAGUCUGCCUGAGGGGGCUUGGACCCUCCUCCACUCUGGAGUUGCUCGCGGGGAGAGGCGCCGAGCAGGGGUGGGCAUACUUAUUGCCCCCUGGCUGGGCGCCUGUACAUUGGGGUUUACCGCAGUGGACGAGAGGGUAACCUCCCUUCGCUUUCAGGUGGGGGGAUGGGUCCUGACUGUUGUUUGCACUUAUGCGCUCUGAAGUGGCAGUUCAGAAUACCCACACCCAUUUUGGAGUCCUUGGAAGGGGUGUUGGAGAGCACUCCUCCUGGGGACACUCUUGUUCUGCUGGGGGACUUCAAUGCUCACUUGGGCAAUGACAGUGAGACCUGGAGGGGUGUGAUUGGGAAGAACGGCCCCCCCCCCGAUUUGAACCUGAGUG